UGUUGAGCUCACGGUCAUAUCACAGAAAAAAUGCUGAAAGUAAUUUAUUCAUGUGGUCAGCCUGUUUCAAUAUCACCAACAAAAUACUUUAAUAGAUAACAGUGCCCUUACCGGGUAGAGAUUAUUAAAGUAUAAAAUACCUAACGUUUCAGUACGAAAAUGUAAAAUACAUUAAUUACAAAAGUUCCAAAAGUUGAAAUUAUAAAGAUGUUGUAAAAAAUAAGAUUCAUCAUGGUUUUGAAAAGGAAACUAUCAAAAUCAAACGAAAAUUUGUACUUUUAUUGUAAUUUUAAUUAUUAAAUGUAUUUUCAAUACAUACCUACAUACAUUUUCAAUUUUAGCAGGGGUGUUUGAGUUCCAAAAAUAAUUGUAAACUAUACCUCAAUAAGGGAAAUGUUUAAAUUUUACAAAAAUGUUUUUUUCUAAACAUUUUUUAAGUUUGAGAAUUUUAAAUAAUUAUUUAAAGCCUUCAAAUUUCAAAUUAAUGAAUUAUGGAACAAUGCUAAAACUUUACAAGAAGAAAAACUUAAUGAAUCUCAUACUUCCUUUUCAAUAUAUAAAUAAAAAAUAUUUUUGUCAUUCAUUCAAGGAUGAUAGUGACAGUGAUAAUGAAGAUUUUGAGCACAAAAGAAAUAUUAAAGCAAUUAUAUUACCAAAUAAUGAUGAUCUGCUAAUUAAUAAAAUUUAUGAAAGUAACUCUAUACAAGAUGUAUUUGACUUGAUUCAUUCUAAUAAUGAUUGUAUUGAUUGGAAAAGUAUAUCUAUGGCUUUAGCGAUGAUAAGAGAGUUCCAAAUUAUAUAUUUCCGUGUAUGCAUGCUUGAUAAAAAUUUGAAUACCUCUAAAUCAACUUAUACUGAAAAUUUUGAAAAUAUACUAUCUAAUUUUGAGUUUUUAAAUUUAUUACAAUUAUUGGAAGAAAAUUAUGAAUACAUGAAUGAACAAUGUUUAUCUUACUGUUUAUUGUGUUUGCAUAAAUUAGGAGUUAACUCUCAGUUUCAAGUUAAUCAAAAAUUGUCUUUAAGACUAAAACAUAUGUUAAUGUCUGCCAAUAUUGAUGACUUAAAUUCUAACAUACUAUCUAGAUUUACUGUAGCCAUUGUUAGCCGUCGAGAUUUAACUAGUUUAUAUAUGUUGAAAGAUGUUUGGCCUUUAAUAUUAAAAAAACUAGAUUCUUGUAGUUGUUAUAAUGAUUUGAAGCAUAUUUCAAUUUGUAUGUAUAAUUUACCAUGGUUUUUGAAUAAAGACAUAAUGAAUAAUUAUGAAAAUAAAUUAAACAAAAUUGUGUUAAAUGAAUUAAAUGAUGAUGGUAAAAUAAAAUGUAUAAUUAAGUCAUUGAAACUUUUAAAUAGUCCAUACUGGUUAAAUCAAAAUAUUAGUCUUAUUCGAAAUUUAUUACUUAACUUAUGUGGCUCGAUCAAACACAUAUCUCUCUAUGAUCUAAUUCAACUACAAAUGGUUAUUUUAAAGCAACUUGAGCCUUAUGAAUUAUUUGAAGAAAUUAACCAAGUGACAUCUAAUUGGUUAUUGAAAGCUAAUACUGAUGCUGAUAUUACUUUGCAUCAGUUAUUGUCCUGCAUUGUACCGUCUUCAUCAAUAAUACCAAAAAAAAAAAUUGAAGAAUUAUUAAGAAAACAAUUUUUAAUUGAAAAAAAUGGCUUUUCACAAAUUUCUAUUGGCCCCUUAUUUAAUAUUAUCAGAAAUUUAAAAACAUCUGAUCACAAAAUUUAUAAUACAUAUUGGUCCAGUAUUUUAAAUUGGCUAUACACUAGCAAACCUUCAUUUCGAGAAAAUCAAAAACUACUAAGAAUAUGCAACAGGUACAUGAAUUUUAAUAAUAAUAUGGCUGGUACAUUUAGACAUUAUAAAUUUGAAAAUCAAAUGAUAAAAUGGCUAUAUGAUGAAUUGAAUCAUGGAUUAUCAAUACAUAUUCCCUCUAAAUUCAGCAAAAUAUUUUCAUUUAUUAUUAGCUAUCCAAAUGAAAACAUUGGGUACGAAAUAUCAGAAAAAUAUGUUGAAAAUAUUUUAAAAAAUAUUGAUCAAUAUUCUAUAUAUGAUUGUUAUAUAAUGAGCCGAGGCCUUCACAAUGCACUUUUAAAUAGAAAAAAAAAAACAUCAAAAUUUUUAGACCAAUAUAUCAGAUUAGGUAAAGCAUUAAACAAGCAAUCUAAAGUUUUACUCACUCAAAAUAGCUUGAAUAUCAAUCAAGUAAAUGUUAUGUUUCGAGGAUAUAACCAUCGGUAUAAUAUUGGAGACCCAGAGCUAUUUUAUAAAAUAAUUGAUAAAUAUAAAUCUUUUACAUUAUCUGAUUAUUCUUCGCGUUCAGUGCGGGAGCUUAUACAUAAUUUAUCUAUUGCUGAUUGGUAUGACGGUGAACUAAUGAAUUCUUGUGCAGAUUACUGUCUUAGAAAUCACAACUACCUUUUGGCAGAAAACGUUGAAAAAUUGUUAACUCAUUUUUUCAUACAAGGUGUUAGCAGUGAUAAAUUUUCAGAAUUUCUUCCUCAUGCUAGUGGAAUUAUUAACAGAGAUAAACAUAAAAUGUCCGGAUUGAAUUUCAUGAGGGCAUCCUUAGCAUUAUGCUACUUCUAUAGUUUACCUUCAACUAUAACAGACUAUUUAUUUAGCGUUGAGUUUCUUGAAAGAUUGGAUGAAGAACUUAACCAUUGUUAUGCUAAAGCUGUAUAUCCUUUAAAAGUUAGACACUUACUAAUGGAAUUAAAUAGAGCUGUGUGUAUUGAUUAUCCUGAGUUUGAUGUGCCUUGGUUUCAUACUAGAUAUUGUGAAGAAUUACAGUCCUUAGUUUCGAAGAAUAUAUCUCCUUUUUAUUUGGAUGUAGAAAAGAGAGUAAAAAUUAUAUUUAAAAAUAGUGAUAUAAAAACUAAUUCAUAUUCGCCCUAUGGUUAUAAGUUAGAUUUUGAAAUAAACGAUUUGUCCAAAAAUAAUGUAUUUUUUGGGAAAUGCGCCAAAGAAAAAAUAGCUUUAUUGUUGGUGUAUGAAAAAGAUUUACUUAAAGCUGAAAAUGAAUUAAGAGGUUAUUUAAAAAUGAAACAAAGACAUUUAGAAAUACUUGGUUAUAGAAUAAUAUGGAUUCGUAAAUCAGUAUGGAAUUCAAUGUUCAUGUCUGAACCAGAUGCCAAAACUUCAUACCUUAAAAGUUUGAUUUGGCCUAAAAAAUAUUAUUAAAACUCAUUUUUAAUUAAGUUACAUUAUUGAUGAAAAUUUUUUAUUUUAACUAAUGAACGGUUGAUAUAUAUUUCCAUAUAUAUGUAUAUUUUAAGAUAUAAGUAACAGAAAAUUGAGUAUUUUUUAUUAUUAUAUUAUUAUUCCAUUAUGUACUAUAAAUAAAAGAACUGUUAGAACUUAAAUCAAU